ACAAAAAAAAAAAAAUCCUGUUUGAUAAAUUAUUACAGAUGUUUAACAAAUCGACUUGAGCAAUCGGCAAUUAUCGGUUAUUUGCAGUGAUUGGACUUUGUGGUGUUGAUUAGCGAUUUUAAUCAAGGAAAAUUAAUAGAAUAAAUGAUGGCGGAGACAAGUUCGCCGACUGCAGUCCAUUGCUACACGAAUCCGUCGUUCUGCCGUCGAUCUGAAUUCGUGCCAGAUCACGAUGACGACGAGCUACCACCCCCACCGGGUUUUCAACCCGACGAUUUGCCCCCACCACCUCCGCUAACGGUACCAAUACCGAUAAAAACACCGUCAAACUACCCGUCGAGAUACGGCCACACGAAUCCCGUUCUGAGUCGCGUCGAUCCAGACGCCAUCGAUGUCGACAGAUACGAGAAGACAACGGAGAGAAACUGUUAUCACGACGAGACAGGGAGAAAUGAGACACAGGGACGUCGCGUUAUCUACGACAGAAAUACAAAGUCACGGUAUGAAUACAUCGACGAUGAUGAACCACCUCCGCACCCUCGUCUCCAGCGACGAGCAUCGCUUACGCGAUUUGAGAUGAUGACGCAGCGUCAGGAUCAAAAUUUUACACGUCAGGCUAGCUAUCAUGGUCAUCACUACCGAACCACCUCCAACAUCGAGGAAAUGGGCCCCAGGGUACGACGAAUUCGUCAGGACGGGAGUGACGUUGUUCGUUAUGGACUGGUGCCCGCAGACGAGGCCAACGUCGACUGCGACUCUUCACCUCUUCUCGGCGUUGGUCAAGUUUCCCCGAGGGGACGUUAUGGAAGGGUGCCCAUGCAGGACGAGGAGCCUCCCCUGUUGCCUGAGCGCAAUGGAAGGGAUCGGGAAUUGCGGGAUAAUGCGUCGAAAAAUAAUCUGGCAACGCAGAGGCUACAUGCCAUGUUGACAACACCCAGGAAGAGAUCGAGGUCCGAAGAGAGGAAUCUAUCACCAGGAAGGGCCACUCCCAGAUUUACACCCCCCGUCAGCGCUAACAAUUCACCUGCAGGUCGUGGAGUAGUUCCAGGUUCUAGCCGACGAGGAACUCCUGUCGGCACACCCCAACGUGCGCUUUCCCCGAAUAGAACCCCUCUGACAUCGACACCCAAUAAAGACAGUCCAUCGGCGCGCAGAUGUCUUCCGUUGAAUGAGCAACAGGAAUUGGGAAAUUACGGAAGGAUGCGUUACGGUUCGCGACGUGAGGGGUCAGGGUCUCUAGCAACAUCGCCGAUUGAAUUAUCAUCGAGAUUUGGUGAGCCACCACCGAGAUAUGCAUUCGUCGAAUCACCGGAGUCCAUCCCCAUGGUGAUAGGAUCCCCCAAGUACCAGGUCCUGUCUCAAACACCCAAAAGAGGUGGCUAUACAAGUGUCGAGAGUGCAUUCAUCGCCAGAACAGCUGUUGUACCACCCCUUUCCCCACAAAUCAGCGAAGCUAACACAACAUUGAUAAGUGGAACUGAAAAAGAAGAGAGAAAACGUGCCCCAUUGCUGCUGAUUCUCGUUGGAAUUUUAACAUGCGGACUGGCUCUGUAUUUUUCAUGGUCCCAAGGAAGAAAAUACUAUUUGGACAGCGCUGCAGGCUGCGGACUAUGCUGUACACUGGCGGGUGCCUGCAGAAGUUUGAGAAGAACCUGGACAGGUUUGGGCCUUGCAGGAUUAUCCGCAGUGAGUUGUUUGGGAUUGCUUCUUCUAGCCACUAAACAACCCCGUCCAGGAACUCCCCUGCACGAUGUAACAGCUGGAGCACUUUGUGGUGUGUCCCUGCUAGGAGCUGGACUGGCCCUGCUAGCCCUUCUGGGCCCCAGAUGCACUCUCAGUCGACACAGACGAGUCCACUCAUGGAUACCAAAUUUUUCCGCCUGAUUCAAUACCAAUUCUCAAUCCAAAUCUAUCCUCUACCGUGCAUUUUAAUUAGUCAUUUGAAUUACGAUA